AUGGAAUCACAUCCUUCAAGGCUUCCAAAAGAGUUCAAGAAAAAGGAAGAUAAAGCACCACUCAGAGCUCAUGAGGAAAAGCGAAAGCAAGCGAUGUCUACGACGAAUAUCUGUGCUGGUGCAUUGCAGAUGCUCUUGGUACCCGAAGAUGAUAAUGGUGAAACUGUCUGUGUUGCUCGGUCGCCUAUUCAUGUUAGAAUGCGCUAUCUUAGGAAAGUCUACUUCAUAUUAGCACUGCAACAGUUUCUGCUAGGAACAACAUCCUUCAUGCUGUUCAUGACGUCUGGUGUUCGCCCAUUCGUACAAAAUUUCAACUCAGUCAUAUGGUCAACGGCUGUCUUGCUGAUAAUAAGUUUCUUUUGCUUACGACAUGCUGCAAAUCACGCGCCCAGAUUAGCCGGCCUUGCCUUUUUCCUGUUCUCCCUGGUUUUGGCACUGACUUGCACAGUGGUGACCGCCUAUAUGGACACUGAAUUCUUGUAUACCCUUUGUUUCAUGAAUGGAUUCGUGUUUCUUUUUCAUUGCAUAUAUUGUGUACAGACUGUGCGCCCGCUUCAGUUCAAGCCUUCUUCGUUGUUUACGAUUUUGCUAUCGCUUGUCGAGGCUUGGUUCCUCGACUCUCUUCUUAUGAAGUUGAACUUUGAUUACAUUUCGCAUGUGGUAAUAUCCAGUGUGAUUUGCAUUUAUGUUCAUUGGAAUAUUCUGUAUUUUUCGCACAUGUUAACAACUGAGGAAGUCAUUCAAGCAUGUAUCAAGGUAUUUGUAUCGCUUCCCAAAUUGUUCUGAUUUUUGGCUCGUUUUUUUCAAAAUCAUGCUUCAUUGUUUUUUUUCAAAUCUUCUACUUAUGACGGGUUUACUAUUGGCACCGUCCCGGCGUAGUGCUGUGUGCUCGAUCUGCUUUACGCUAACAGGGCUAUGUGUAUUUUCGCGAAAGAGCACUGCCU